UCAGCCCCCUGCGCACAGAGACAGUGGCAGCGCUGGCUUUUAAAUGUUUCCGUCGUCUUAAGCAGGUUGAGAUUCUUGACCCUAUUGGGAGCAGUUUGUGGCUUUUCGCGUCCAUCCCCUCCCCCCCCUUUUUUUUUUAUAGUUUCACUGAAUUAAUUUAGCCCAGUUAUUUUUAGGACAUUCCUAUGCUCCCUAUUUGCACAGCAGUGGUGAGCUGGUUUCCUGUCUGCUGUUGCUUCCAUUGUUCAGACUUCUCUCCCCGAGGGCAGCUGCUGGUUGGUGAAAUACCAAACUCCCUGCACUUUCAACUGUUGUUCUUGCCACCCCCGAAAUAAAUGCGUGUAGAAAACGCUGACGUAGUUUCUAGGUAUGCAUGUGUAGGGCUUUGUGUGUGAGAGUGUGUGUGUGUGUAAGCUCUGCUUUGAGGAUUGCAAAUCCUGGGCUGAAACAAUGGAAACAAUGAAAGGUGACAGGCGGGAGGGAGAACUUUUGAGAGGGGCCGUGGGCCUGGGGUUUGCGUGGCACAAAUUAAAAGGUGUAGUUGCAAUAUCAGGCAGUGAAACAGAGGAUGAUGACACUAUGGAUGUCCCACUGGAUCUUUCCUCAUCUGCUGGCUCAGGCAAACGGAGGAGACGUGGCAACCUGCCCAAGGAAUCUGUGCAGAUUCUUCGGGACUGGCUGUAUGAGCACCGCUACAAUGCUUAUCCUUCAGAGCAAGAAAAAGCGCUGUUAUCCCGACAAACACACCUUUCCACACUACAGGUCUGCAACUGGUUUAUCAAUGCACGCCGCAGGCUCUUACCUGACAUGUUGAGGAAGGAUGGCAAAGACCCAAAUCAGUUCACUAUCUCGCGGCGAGGGACCAAGCUUCCCGAGGGCAGCCUGAUGGAGUCUGCCAUCAGCACAAAGAACUACAUUCCCUUGCUGGAGGAGACUGCCUUCCUUCCCGCUACUGCACCGCUUGGCAAGACUGUGUCCUCUUCCAAGCCAGCUUCCCCGGGAUCGGUCCUGGCUCGGCCGUCGGUGAUUUGCCACACGACUGUGACUGCGUUGAAAGAUGCCCCUUUCCACUUUUGCCAGCCAGCUGAUGUAGGCCAGACCACGGACCUGCAGCAGCCCCCAGCCGGCAGCUUCACAGACAACCCCCUUGCCUGCCAUGAGGACGCGUCUAAACUAGGACCUGGUGCAAACACACAAAGUGGGCUCUUUAACACUCCUCCUCCAACACCACCAGACCUUAACCAGGAUUUUAGUGGAUUUCAGCUACUGGUGGAUGUUGCACUCAAAAGGGCGGCAGAAAUGGAGUUGCAGGCGAAACUUAUGGCCUAAAUCCCCUUCCUUCUCCUUCCCCGUUUUGUUUUACCAGGCAGGGAUCUAACAGCUGUGUGGUUAUUGCCACCCACACAAUAUCAAAAGACUUCACUGCAUUAUUAUUAUUUUUUUUUUAUUAAUCUUAUUUGCACAAGGGGAUUGCUGAAAUGAAGCUUCCUGUCACUGAGAUGGUCUUCAGUGGAAUACGGUCAUUCCAAGAAUUAUAAACUUAAAGCUACUGUAGAAAGAAAGGAUUGUGUGUUUUGUUUUUUUUUUUUUUUAAUGUUUUCUUUGUAGGUUUUUCAUAAUGUGAGAUGGUUCCCAAGAUCAUGUGAUUUGUUUUUGUUUCUUUCAGACUGUGCAAUAUCUAGUAAUGAUAUAGAGUCUUCUUAUCAUUCCCACGUGGAACGGAAUAUACCGACAUGCUGUUUAAAUUUUCAAUUUUUUUAACAAUACAAACUUUGGAUGAUCAUGCUUUUUUCCCAUAAUGUAAUAAAAUAUUUUCUUUAAAAA